CUCAUCGAGUGAAUAGGUCGUGGUAGGGUUUGGAUGCGGCGAUAGCGAUAGCGAUAGCGCGACGAUUUGGGAUCGCGGCGAUGCUGCGAGGGCGGAUUGGAGGCCAAGACGAGGAGGACGUGGAACCGGCACUGGACGGGCUCGCUACCGCCGCUGUGGCCGAUCAAAUCGUCCAGAGGCUUGCUGGAUCGGGAUUUCCAGAGGAUUUGGCGAGGAGGCAGCGGCAGGGAUUCGGCGAGUAUGUGAGGGAGCAUCCGGCGGAGCUGCGGCGCUUGGCGACGGUGAUUCUUCCGGAAAAUCCAGAGGUGGAGCUCUUGACGCCGGAGGGCAGCGAUGAUAGCCAGCUACUCUCGGCUCGCCAGGCCAUCCAGGCUCAAUGCCGGGAGGCGCUGGGGUGGCUGUUAUGGUGCGCCUUUGACAGGGAUUUAGCGUCCGGGCUGGAAGAGGUGAAGGCACAGUGUGGCGCUAGAGGCGUGUGUGGAGCAGUAUGGGGGGUGAACGACAUAGCUUACCGGUGCCACACUUGCGAGCACGAUCCAACUUGUGCUAUCUGUGUACCGUGCUUUCAAGCUGGCGAUCACAGUACGCACGACUACUCGAUGAUCCGGACUAGCGGUGGAUGCUGCGACUGCGGUGAUGGUACUGCCUGGAAGGAAAGUGGAUUUUGCUCGAGACAUCGGGGACCCGGGAAAGUCCCUCCACUGUCCGAGGGUAUGGUGGCUCGGUUGGGUCCGGUGCUGGAGGCAAUGCUGCUGGAAUGGAAGGACAGGCUCUCGGCUGCUGUGACGGCUUCUUCCGGAAGGCCUAGGAAGUGGUCGACUAUGAGCCCGGAGGAGAAGCUUGCGUCGCCGCUGUCGAUGAGUAUUAUCAGCUUGCUGCUGGAGUUUUGCAACUGUAGCGAAAGUAUGCUGAGCUUCACGGCCGAGAAGCUGAGUAGCAGUGAUAUCGGCUUGCUCGACAUCCUGCUCACUGCUGAGUUUCUUCUGCCGAAAAACGUCUAUACGAAGCUGCAUGAGUUGCUCUAUAAGCUACUCGGGGAUCCAAACUUCAAGUACCGGUUUGCUCAGACUUUUAUCAAGCGCUACCCCAAGUUUCUACGUGAGUCUCUGCAAGAAGAACAGAUGUUGGCAAGGCAGCCAAGGGAGCACAGCAUACUUGGCAGCUUCUCGGUACAGAUCUUCACCGUGCCGACGCUCACUCCUCGUCUUGUAGUAGAGUGGAAGCUCCUGGAUAUGCUCUUCGGCAUACUGAAGGAUUUCUUUGUGUCCUGUAUCGGCGACGAUGGACGGUUUGUGGUUACUAGGCCUGCCAUCCAAGAGCGUGCAUACAUGCGAGCAGUAGAAGAUGUACGUUAUGUUAUGAGUCACUUGAAGGUGGCGCAGUACAUAAUACACGAAUUUCCGCAACUGUGCAGGACGUGGUUGCACUUUUUGGCUUUCAUCCAAGGUAUGUAUCCCCAGAAGAGAAUCACAAGUAUCCACAUCGAGGAAGAGAGUGAAGACUGGGUUGCUGCAUUUCUCUUGGAAACACAGAUGGCCAACAUCCACCGGCUGUUCGUCGCGGGUACAUGUCUUACGGGAAAUGAUACAAGUUGGGGAAGUGAUACCCAGGCGCAGGGUGGUAUACAGGUUGGUAUACAGGGUGCUGUAGCAGCCGGAAGUGAAGAGCACAGCACAGAGGCCUUCUGCAUUGUGGAAGGCGCGAAGCUUUCUAAAGCGCUCAUCUGGUUGAUAGCUGAAUGUGUUGGUGUUCUCGACCUUUGGUUUGCUGCGGAUCAAGCAAGAGAAGCUGGCAAGGCCGCCAAGCUUGCAUCUGGGGCGGCCAGAGGGGACGCUGGGCUGAGAAGAAAGAUUCAACCGCGUGUAAGGCUAGCUCGGGGGAUGACGCGUGAUCGGCAAUUCACAAACGCUGUCAGGCACAGGGACUACACUUCAAGAAGAAGUCUCGAGGCUGUUAGAGCAGUACCUGAAGCUGCAGAGCCAGCGUCCGAGGCUAGCGAGAUGGACAUAGAUGGAUCAUCAGAUACGAGUGAGACGAGCGAAUGGUGGUGGAUGGGAGCAUCUUUGGAACCCGAGGGAACGUCUUCGAGUUUGCUGACGGGAGAUAACGAAUGGCCGGCCUUGGAGUUCGAUGUUGGCAAGCAAGAGGUUUCGUUUCACAUCCCGCUUCACAGAAUGCUCGGUCUCCUGCUUCAGAAAGCUCUGGAGGAAUACGAGUCCCAGAUUAGUGCUUCUCCUCCGACCUCUCCCUCUGGCACUCUACUGCAGCUAUUUCCCGAAGCUUUUCGUGUUACCGGACUGCCAGCUUUGCUGAUGGAACAUCCUCUUCGAAUUCAGGUGUUAUGCUCUCAAGUACAUGCUGGGAUGUGGCGUCGUAAUGGUCACUCCAUUGUAGGCCUCUGCGACAUCUAUCGUGCCGUGCCAUGGUCAGUGGAAUGCAGGUGUGAAGACAGUUUAGAGCUCGACCUGUUCAUGCUGCAAUGCUGCGCGUCCAUGGCGCCCGCGGAAGAGUUUGCGGGACGAGUUUUCACUUGUUUCGGCCUUGCAGAGUACUUCUCACUGUACUUGUGGAAGCCGAAUGAAUACGAGCCAGUCCUGGCACAAGAGAUGUUAGUUCUGCUCAUUCGUAUUAUUUCAGAACGUGGCUUCUGUGGUCUUUCGCCGAAAGAAUCGUUACGUAGGGAACUUAUUCAACGCCUGGCAAUAGGGGAUGCCUCGCACAGCUCCCUGACGAAUGCAUUGCCUCCGCGGCUUCGAGAUAAUGAGCAUAUGCAAGAAACGUUGGAAGCAGUGGCCAACUAUAAAAGACCUCAUGGCAUGCAACAGGGUAAAUAUGUCUUACGCGAACAGAGCUGGCGAGAGCUAGACCUUUAUCACCCUCGAUGGACACCUCGAGAAUUACAGUCGGCUGAAGAACGCUACUUACGGGCAUGCAAGGCAUCGGCACAUUUUUGUCAACCACCUCGCUGGCGUAAGCCAUUUCUACCAUUACAGAGUCUUUCCAAGAUCGCUGUGUCGGCCAAGGUUCAUGAGAUAUUGCGAGCUCUCUUUUUCCACGCUGCUUUCUCGCCGAACCUUUCGGAGUCUCGGGCACCUGAAAGCUUAUUAUUUACUGCCCUUCACCUUUUAUCACUUGGGCUUGACGUCUGCAACACUUUUGCCAACAAAAGCUCAGCGGAAGCUUCAUCAGUCUCGGGGCCUUCUAUAUCAUCUGUCGAUCGUCCCCCGCUUCUAGCUCUCGCUCCGGAGUUUGUGCAUGUUGGCGGGGCAGACGGCACGCAACUAUUUGAUCGGCAGAGCACUCUUUCGUUAUUGGUGAUACUUAUGAGAAAAUAUAUUGCAAGCGAAGGGGCGCAACUUAUUAUCUCUGAAACAAGCCAGUCCAACGUCGGCUGCUUCAUCAAGAAACUGCUACACAACUUUGCCGAGCUAGACCGUCAGUGUAUGUACGCGAUCGAGUCACUUGCGCCGGAGAUAUUACAUCGUGUAUCCACCGACUCGUCCUCCAAGGCGGAGGGAACGUCGCAGGACGAACUGCAAGCAGAGCUUUCCGACAUAGAGAAGAAACGAGCUCACGCUCGGGAGCGUCAAGCUGCGAUGAUGGCGAAAAUGAGAGCGGCUCAAGAGAAGUUCAUGGCGAGUGUAGAAAGCUCGAAAAGUUCAAACAAGCUUGACACCAGUAAGACUGAGGGUAAACGUCCUCGAGAAACAUUAGCUGACGAUGACAUGAAUGAGACAGGCACACCUUUGUGUGCUUUGUGUCGCGACAGAAGUUCUACCAGCCCGUUGUGUAUGCUGACUUUAGUCCAGAAGUCCAGGUUGCUUGCACUUUCGCAAAAGCCAGUUCCUUCUUGGGACAAACCUUCAAGAGUUGUGGACGAUACUCCAACUGCAGAAGAUGACAAUAGCGCUUCCCAAACCUUGGUACGAAGGGAGGCGGAAAACUUGAUUUUGGAACUUAGGCAGUGGCUCGAGGGAGCUGCGGCAGAUCCGAACGUGGACAGGCUGACCAACCGCGACGAUUUUGUUGAACUUCUUCGGGGAGGAUUACCGAGUAUACUCAACACAGAGCGGUUUCCGGCUACUACUAGUGGAAUUGAGGUGGAUACAGAUGCAAGCCUCGAUGAUACCUAUGGCGAGUCAAGCCAUCCUGUCGAUCCGAAAUGGUGGUGGGAACUUGCGGAAAUGGUGUCUAACAAAGAAUCGACAGACAACAAUGAGACUCUGAUCACAGUUCUGGCUGAGUACGUGGCAGCGGUCUCUCGUUCACAAUCUGAACUCCAGCCUCAACCGGAAGACCCUCCACGCGGGAACCGUCGCCGCUAUGGUAUAGAGAGCAAAGUCUACAGGGAUGUCGGGCUUGAUUUUAUCGGACUGCACCUUUCUGCCUGUGGCCACGCUGCUCAUUACGAAUGUGUUGAGCGCUAUUACGCUUCCCUACUACAAAGGUAUUACAGUAGAUCCUUGUUCGAAGGAGUACAGAUUGUGGAUCCAGACCUGGGAGAGUUCCUAUGUCCGGUCUGUCGUCGGCUGUCAAACUCCAUUCUUCCAGUUUUAGAUCCCUCUGCACGAACUCCCUUUGUUGCUGACGCUGUCGAGGGGUUUAGACUGGAGCAAGCGUGUUCGUUAAUGGUUAGCGCGCAAGAGCUGGUUGCCAGGCCCGGGUUUCGGAACUCAGUCUCGAGGAAACUCGCAGAUCCGCUGAGGAUGGUACUGGAGUCCGUGUCAAAGCGGCUUUCUGCGCUAUACUGCCUGGAGAAGGAGAAACUUUACACUUCCGAAGGAAGAAACUGCCAAGGCUUGUUUCUCUGGGACUUGCUCCGGUACAGCAUUAUGUCCGCGGAGUUGGCAGCACGUACAAGGAGUCUCAUCCUCGGUAAUCAUGAUGCAGCCAGCAGAUUAGUUGCUUUGGAGGAAGCGUCAGAGGCGUCACGCGGGUCUACUCUACCUUUGCUCUCUCUGGCAGCCAACUUAACUCUGACACACAGCCGGCAAAUUGUUCUACUCAGGUCACGGGGUAUGCAGCUGAUGGUGGGAUCAGUUUGUCAUGGCACGUCUCUGGAUUUCUUGUCCGAACCGAUGUCUAAAGGUCAUUUGAGCUCUUUGUUACACUUUUUGGAAAAGGGCCGUGAUUCGGCCGAUAUACAGUUUUGGAAGCGUGUGGCUGAUCCUGUGCUUGCACACGAUCCCUUCUCUUCCUUGAUGUGCCUGCUUUACGUACUUCCAUUGCCAAUACCGGCACGGGAAGGACCGCUCACCGCACUCGUUCAUUUGUUUUAUUUAGUCUGCUUGGUUCAAUGCUUGGCAUCAAUGGGAAGAUAUGUGGUGGAUGAUAGCGUUCCUGCGCAUUUGCAAAACUUUCUAGCAGUCAUCCAUGCAACACUGGCAGACACCUGCAUCGCACUUCAAUCUCCGGAAGGACCUGUGACUGCGCCGCUACAGUUCGAACAGAUUCGGCUCUUUACGUUGCCUUACCUCAGACGCUGCGCGUUGCUACAGACUGUGAUUUCUGGUACUUCUCAGCCAGUGCCCGUUGCAGGGUCGAACAGCUGGGAGCUUUCAAAUGUUUACAACCACCUCUCAAGCUCUGCUUAUCGAGAGGCUGCCGAGAGCUCUAGAGACACAGAAGCUGUGGAGAUGAAGGAGGUUGAGGAGCUGGAGAGACGAUUUUCCAUCCCUCCGAUGCAAGCCAUAUUGUCAGAAGAGGCGGUGCAGAAUCUCGUCGUCAAGUGGUGCCAACACCUUCAGAGUGAAACAGGCUCACGCAGCUUCUCCAUCGUUCCAAGACCAGUGCGAGCGGUAGCUCUGCAGCUGAUGGUUCUCCCCCGACUUUUCCAAGACCUGAUUCAAAGAUAUGUGAAGGAAUGCUGCCCCCGCUGCAAAACAGUACCCGAAAGGCCGGUGCUGUGCUUGCUGUGUGGAAGACUAUGUUGCGGGACUGGCACAAACGGUUGUUGCAGCGUACAAAUGCAAAGCGAAUGCUAUCGUCACGCUAUUUCUUGCGGGGGUGGCGUCGGCGUCUAUCUCAUGCUCCGAAAAACAAACGUUCUACUUCUCCGCCGCGAGCGGCAGACAAUGUGGCCGUCACCAUAUCUAGAUGCUUAUGGCGAGGAGGAUCAAGACAUGCGGAGGGGGAAGCCACUGUUUCUAAGUGACGAGCGUUACGCGGCCUUGACUGCGAUGGUCGCGUCGCACAGCCUCGACUACAGUUCAUCGGUGCUGGCUCAAACAAUCCGCGAGCCACUGUUUUGAUCGCUGGGGAGUGUGCCUAGGAGGAGCAAAAUAAACUCCAAAGAGCAAGCACUUUGAGUGCCUGUUUUAUUUGGCUUAAGCCCAAUGUAUUUAUUUGUAAAAUCUUAAACCCUCUCUUUUUUCC